AUGUCAUCGAUCAUCUCAAGUUGGUAUUUGCAGAGAAUGGAAUACCAGAAACCCUCAGGCUGGUAUCUGACAACAGGCCCCAGUAUACACACUGUAGCAGCCAAGAAUUUGCAGCCUUUUGCAAACAGUCGGGCAUUGACCACGUGACAAGUUCACCACUGUAUCCUCAGAGUAAUGGCUUUAUAGACAACAGUCCAGACAGUAAUGAAUCUUCUAGGAAAAGCAGAAGCCUUGGGGCAAGACCCCUAUCUAGCACUGUUGACAUACUUUUCCACACCUAUAGACAACAGCCUACCAUCGCCUGCCCAACUGCCGAACCACAGAGAUUACCCCACACAGUUACCAAUCAGUGAACGGCUUCAACGUUCUCAAGCCCUUGCUGGCCACAGAGAACAACUGCAGAACCGACAGAACAUCGAAAGAAAACAGUACGAUAGUAUAUCGACACUCAAACGUAGAAAACCUAUAUAUCAAGAUGAGGAGGUAGUUGCGUUCCAGCCAAGAACCGAGACUUGGGACUCCAGCACAGGUGAGGGAAGAGGCCAGUGACCCACAGUCCUACAUUGUUAAGACAGCUGAUGGGUCUGCAUGAGCUAAGAUACAAUGGAAUACAAUUCAAGCUCUUAGAGAAGACAGCAAGCCAGGUUAAUAGCAACAAAGAGAGUCUUUCAACACACAGAGUCCUAUCAAAACCUUCAGCCUAUCCCCAGUUGUCAUCACCAGAACUAACCCAAGCAGCCAGCCAGUCACCAGUGCCCUCUGACCAAAGUGAUGCUAACUUACCAAUGACAACUAGGAGCGGCCAUGUUGUGAAGAAGACCUCUAGACUAGACUUAUGA